CCUCUCUUGACGGGCUCACACGACCCCUCGGCUCUCGACCCUCCUUCACCGUCGCUUCUUCCUUGUUUAGUUCACUCUUUCACCGUUCCUUUCAUGACCGUCGCGGCUCGCUUUUGAAGCCUCCGCCCCCUCCCCAGAACCUCCUCUCCGGCUCUGAUGAGGCUCGAGGCAAGAACCGUCGCAACCCCAUCACUUGACGUCGUCAAGAUGGAGGACCGCAAGAGGCCCGCUGGGCCUGACGAUUCUGCGCCGCCGUCAAAGAGGCAAGCCGUGACUGUCAACGGUGCGAAGUCGCAUCAUGACGCUGACCCGCCCUGGAAAGAUGACAUCGAGUCCUUCCAGAAAGAUGCCAUCCUCCGUCAGAUGCGCGAGUACAAGCGUGAGAAGGGCAUCCUCGAGUCCCAGAUCGCCGACAUGGAGAAACAAUCUAGAUACCACGACGAUCAUCUGCGCAUUAUCGAUGCAUGGUUCGACCAGAUGCUCGAUGCUAUCAAGAUCAUGGUCGAAGGGCAACUUCCGACCCCUCCCCAAAGCGGAAACCCUGCCCCUUUUCCGGCUUCGUUGCUCUAUGAAGAUAGCGUGAACUUUUCGAAGCACCUGUCCUCUCGCUCUGAGAAGAUCAAGGCCACACUGUCCAACUUCUUCACUAAGUUUCCUCCAACGUCUCCUCAGUUAGCGGAUAUUCAACAGCAAUUGUCAAAGCAGUUAGCAAAGGAGAAGGAACACAUUUGUGAAUUGCAACGCGUCAUAACAGAAAAGGAACAAAUGUCCGAGCGCUUUCACAUGGCAACACAACGGUAUAUGCUUGCUGAGAAGAAGAUUGAUCGGAUCAAGAGCGCCCAAGUUCAAAAACUCGAAAAGCAGGCCAUUGCUACAAGUGUUAAAGAGGAGCCCUCAUCUGCAAGCAACGGUGCGGAAGCUGUCAAUGGUGUCUUGAGUGGUGCAGCUAGCGAGGAGGUGGAGACUGCUCGAAAUGAGGCUGUGGCAGAGGCUGCUAGGAGGAGGGAACAGCUGGAGCAGCUGGAAGCCGAGAAUAAGAAGUUGACCGAGCAGGUGACCUCGCUGAAUGUGAAGUUGGCUGGGCUAUCUGACGAUGAUUACGCCAAAACGGAUCUUUUCAAAGCUCUCAAGUCACAGCACGAGGAUGUGAUUAAGAGAAUCAACAACCUAGAAGCCACAAAUAUUCAACUUCGGGAAGAAGCUCAAAAAUACCAGGCAGAAAGGACGGCAUACCGCAUGCAAAUCGACGAGGAAGCCCGUGCUACACUGGGUGAGACUGAGGGCAACUUGGUGAAGGCUGAGGCUGACCUUACCCGAAUCCGUAAUUCCCGGGACGACCUCCUGGCUAGGGUCGCGAUGCUAGAGGCUGGGCACAAGGAUAACGAGGCUUCGAAAGAGCAGGCAAGAGAGCUUGUAAGCGCACGGGAAGAUCGCAUUUCUGCCCUUGAGUCUGAAUGCGAGCGACUACGGCUCCAAAUGGCCGAGCAUGAGGCUGCUGAUGGUCAACAACCAGCAGCACUCGAUAGCAUGACACCCGACGAGCUGCGGAAUAAGAUUGUGGCUUUGGAGACCCAGUACAAACUCCUGCGGGACGAACUGCCAUCAAUGGAGGCCGCUUGGAAGAAAGCACAGGCUAUUGCUAGCAAGAAGGUCGCUGAGCUUGCGGAUUGGGAGGAAAGGAUUGCAAGGGCAAAUGCGGACAAGGCCAGGGCAGACCAGAAAUUCUUUGCGGCGAUGAAGACAAAAGAGUCCUUGGACCAACAACUGCGUAUUUUGAAGGCGCAAGUGAGUAAGAGCACAGAAAUUGUUGCACAACUAAAAGAGGCGGAUUCUUUUAGUCGAUCCCUGGUGGACAAGCAUGAGAAGCAAUUGGCCGAAAUGAGAGCUCAGAUGGAGGAGCUAUCAAUUCAGCACCGUGCACUCCAGCAGAAAUUCAGCGAGGGUGCCAUUACGUCUGAGGCUCAGGCCAACCAGAUUAUCGAGCUCAAGAAGCUUGCCGAAGCCAAGGAUACAACUUGCCUCGCUGCAAAGCACGCCCAACGAGAAUCCGAGACGGAGCGAGACAAGUUGAAAGCCCAAGUAGAAGGGUUGGAGAAGCAGGUUGAUGUUUGGAAGAAGAAGAGCUUAGGCAACCAGUCCGAGGAUACUAUCUUGAUGCGGUCCAUGCUUCAAUGCCAAGUCUGCAAAAACAACUUCAAGAACACGGUCCUCAAGACGUGCGGCCACGUUUUCUGCGACGACUGCGUCCAAGACCGACUUGCACUCCGUGCACGCAAAUGCCCGAACUGCGGAAAGGCUUUUGGCGGUAACGAUCUCAUGCGGGUACAUAUCUAAUCCACCCCUGCGCGUCCACUCACUUGUUCAAAGUCACUAAUCCAGUCACAAUUCCAGUACUGGGUUUAAUUGUACAGUAUCUCUGUUUCGACGUGGCUACACAGGCUACGAUUCCUUUUAUGCCGGACAGGGGACACUUUGUCUUUCAGCUUUUGGCGAUUGCGGGAUCUGUGGUAUACGGGGUUGGGGCGACGGAUGGCGUCGGAGUUGGUGGCCUAUUUUCCGGCGGAACAACAACCUUUUACAGCAUCUUUUGCAGCGUCUCUUUUCCUGCCUGGAGGCGUGGCAUUUGUUGCAUGUGUUAUUAGAUCUCUUCUUCCUUGCCUCCUCUCUCUUUGCCAAUACUUAUUGCUAUGAAUGAGAUGCGGAUGCUAGGAUCAGAGGAGCGUGGUUACUGACACUGACUGGCUGGCAUUUGCUUGGAGUAUGUGGAUGGAUGGGGUGAAUGGAUAGGUGCAAUGGAAUAAGACACAAAU